AUGUAUCUGUCCAAAUUAAUUAGACUCUUUAGAAUAAAGGAACCUUUUUUAUCUCAAUAAGAAAUAGAUCAGGAAUAAGAGGCCUUGAUAUAAGUUUAAAAGAAGAUUAAUUUUGUUAUGGAGAUCUUUAAAAGCGUACUAGAGUUUCUAUUGGGAUAUAGGUUAUUACCAAAUUUGUAUGCAUUAACAUUUUUCCUAUUAUCUCUAUCAAGUUUAAGCUCAAUAAUAUUAAUACAUUUAAAAACCAAAAUAAAUCCACUUAUUAGGGUUUUACAUUCAUUAUUGUUUACAGCACUUUAUUUGUAUAAAUUUUAAACGUCAGAUUUUUUGUUUAUUUAUUUGAUUUAUGUUUCCUCAGCAAUAGAAUUGGAUGCAAUGAAAGUGUUCUAUUAUUUAGGAUUUUAAGUUAUUUAUGAAACAUUAAAACCUGAAAAUUUUGUAUUAAAUAAUGGUGAACAAAUAUUCUCUUGGUUAAUUUUAUGUACAAUUUAUCUAAAUUUAUUUGUGACAAAUAAAAAAAAAUUAUCUGUUACAUUUCCAUAAUUUAGUAUUGCAAAAGAUGCAGAAAGCUAUGAUGAAUAAUUAUUUGAUAUUAAUGAAAAACAGUACCUUAUUAUUUUAAAUGUAAAUUAUUAUUGAUAUUUAAUAAUAGGUAAGAAAUCAUGAAGUUUUAUAUGUAAAUAAACCAUUUCUAAAAUAAUUCGGAGCUUAAACUAAUAUUUUAAGAAAAUUAGAAUAAUUCAUUCUUCAGACUGAUCAUGAAUAUAACAUUGAUGGUAAUAAAUCAACUGAUCAUUAUUUUACUAAAUCUACAAAUAUAUUAGAAAGUCUUAAUCAUUAAGAUCUAUUUUUAUAGACACCAUUUGUUGCUUAGGCAUAAUUGGAUAAUUAAACAUAUAAGAUAAAUAUGUAAUAAUGUACUUGGAAGGGAUAAUAAAGUUAUGCAAUUACUAUUAUUAACAUAACAGAUGAUUAAAUGGUUAUGGAAUUGAAGAAAUUAGAUUCUUAUAAAGAUAAUAUCCUUGCCACUGUUAGUCAUGAUUUAAAAAAUCCUAUAGGAGCUAUUUAUUAAACUCUUUUAUUUGUUUAAGAGGAUUUAUAAAAAUUAAUUCAAUAACAAUAAGAUUUAUAAUAAAGUGUUUAAUUUAUAGAUAUUUGCAUCAAUAAUAUCUUAUUUUUAUAAAGUUUUGUUAAGGAUUUAUCUGAUUUUUAGAUGAUAAAAAUGUAAAAAUUAAAGGUAUUAAUAACAGAAUUUGAUAUUUUACAUCUUUGUUAGUAAAUUUAAUAAGCUUUUCAAUUGUAAUUAUAAAUAAAGUAAAUUGAAUUUCAUAUUAAAAAUAAAGCAGAAGACACUUUAAUUAAAAAUGAUGAAGUUAGAUUAAAAUAAGUUUUAUUUAAUUUAAUUUCUAAUUCUUCCAAAUUUACAUCUAAUGGACAAAUAUCAUUACAUAUUACAGAUAACAAUCAGGAUAUUUAAGAAUUUUAUGUUAAUGUUAAAAAUUAAAUGAAACAAAAUAAAUCUAAACAAAGUUUAUGUUAAUUAGAUGAAUAAUUAAAUAAUUUAAUAUUAAUUACUGUUUCAGAUACAGGAGUUGGUAUUAGUGAUGAAGUUAAAGGUUAAUUAUUCAAAAGCUACAGUACAUUUGAUGGUGAGAAAAAAUAGAAUAGGUAAAGAAAUCUUCAAAUAAUAGGAAUGGAGUAGGACUAGGAUUAAUGAUUAGCAAAUAGUUGUGUGGAUAUAUUGGACCUUUGAAAUACAUUUAUAUUAACAGUAGAAUUGGAGUUGGAACCAAUUUUUAGUUUGUUAUUUAUAGAAUUCAUCAUGAUGAUAUUGACAAUGUUGAUGAUUAACCAAUUUAAAUUCAUUAAGUCAGAUAUUAGAAAAUACCUAAGUAAACACCUUAAAAUAAAUAAAGAAGUGUUUUGCUAGUAGAUGAUGAACUAUUCAAUAAUGCAACUAAUAAAUAGUUGUUUUAGUAAUGUGGAGUCAAUUAAAUUUAGAUAGCUUAUUCUGCCAGUGAAGCAAUCUAGAUGGUAAAAUAAAAGUAAUUUGAUAUAAUAUUACUUGAUAUCAAUUUACCAGAUAAGAGUGGAAUAUCAUGUAUAAGGGAUUUUAAGAAAUUUAACAGAAAUGCUAAAAUUUAUAUACUUAGUGCAUUUGAUGAUUAAGAAACAAGAUAGCAGUGUAUAAAAGAAGGAGCAGAUCGUUUAUUUUAAAAACCAUUAACAUAAAAAUAAAUAUUAAAUAUAUUAUGAAAGCAUCAAAAUACUAAAUAGAAAAUCGUGAUUAUAAUAUAAUCACAUGUGUAGAUUUUCAUCCUUCUUAGCAACCCUUACCUCCUUUAAGGAAAUUGGGUCAUUCUUAAGAUCAUCCAUUCCCAAAAAAAGCAAAAUUUGAAGUUGCAUAAGAAUAAGCAUAAAUGCAACAGACAUAAAAUACAAGAGACAAUAAAUCUCAAUAAGAAAUUAGAACAGUUAAACCUGGAUCAAUGAUGAAUGUUUCAUCAGUUAAAUUUGACUUUAUUUCUUUCACUUAGGCAAAAUCACAACCCUUUAAUGAUCUCAAAUAAGAGAUGAAAAUUUUGCAUAAAAAAAAAGUAUAAAUCAAAAUAUCUAUAUUUAGGGAGGAAUGGGUGAAAUUGCUGAUCUAGGAGGAUUGUGCUAUCCCAAUUUUAAUAAAGAAUAUUAAGAAAAAAUUAAAGAAAAUUAAACUGUUUUCAGAAAACAAAAAGGGGAUUAUCCUGCUGUAACUGAUCCUAAGUUCUCUUAUGGUCCUUUUAUGAAACCCUUUAAAAAAUACAAAUUUUGA